UAGAAAUCAAUGUUGGUAGUCUGCAGUGCACGAUGGGUAAUGGCGUUUCUGUGUAUGCCAGUGCAUAAUUUCGUCGAAUAAAUUGAAAUAAUGCCGCGAUUUGGCCGCAAUAAUUAGACUUGAAUCGAGGAUUUUUCACGAAAAACAUGGAUGAGGAGCUGGAUAACAUGUCCGGGAGCGACUUUGACGACGACGAGGACCCCGACAAGAUCGAAGUUCCUGGUGGGGGCAAAGACCUAGCUGCCGCUGCUUCGAUCCAGGAGAACCGCGAGUCGAAGUUGAAGCUUGAAGACAUGCUGAAAAACGAUACAAAACCGCCCCCUAUGAACAUGGGGGGUAAUAGCAAAAUGGGGGGUAAUAUGGCGAUGCCCCCUUAUGAAAUGAUGCGCAAUCAGAAUUUUCCAGUGGGUUCCCCCUACAGUAUGGGCAGUAUGGCCGCGAUGGCCAGUAUGCUCAGCAGUUUGGGGGGCCCCAUGAAUAUGGGCUCCAUGUUCCCGCCCUCAGGACCACAGGGUGGUUUCAACGCCGCCCAAUUUCUCCAGCAGAGUAAGUCCAACUCGCUUAAACACUUGGAAAUGGCGGCAAUGGGAAUGAACAAUCCCCACAUGCAGAAUCCAUUUCUGCAGAACUUAUCAGCGUUGCUGUAUUCAAACCAGUUUGGGGCUCCGCCCUGGGGGACACAAUUAAGUAAUAAAGCUGUUGCCUCAAUGUGGAACCCGGGGGCGAAGGCCAUGCAUCAUCAAGAAGAGGAAGAGGUCGACGACGAGGAACUCGGCGUUGCCGAAACCUACUCUGAUUACAUGCCGUCAAAGCUUAAAUUGGGUAAAAAACACCCCGAUCCUGUGGUCGAAACGGCCUCUUUGUCUUCGGUAGCCCCCGCUGACGUCUGGUAUAAACUUUCAAUACCCGAAGAGACAAUUCGUUUGGGGGCUCUUUCGGCCCUUCAACUCGAAAGUAUUACUUACACAUCUCAAGCCCAUGAACAUAUACUUCCCGAUGGUUCAAGGGCUGGUUUUCUUAUUGGAGAUGGCGCUGGUGUUGGCAAAGGUCGAACAAUUGCUGGCGUUAUUUUUGAAAAUUAUCUAAAAGGCCGUAAGAGGGCCAUCUGGGUCUCCGUCUCCAAUGAUCUCAAAUACGACGCCGAGCGAGAUUUGAGAGACAUUGGGGCCGGUAAAAUCGAAGUCCAUCCUUUGAAUAAAUUCAAAUAUGCUAAAAUCUCAUCGGCCGUGAAUGGGAAUAUUAAAAAAGGGGUCAUUUUUAGUACUUAUUCGGCAUUGAUUGGAGAAAGUAAUUCGGCUGGGGGUAAAUACAAGUCGCGUCUGAAACAAUUGCUACAAUGGUGUGGGCAAGAUUUCGAUGGUUUGAUUAUUUUCGAUGAGUGUCACCGAGCGAAAAAUUUAUGCCCAGUGGGCUCCUCCAAGCCCACUAAGACUGGACUCACUGUUUUAGAAUUGCAAAAUAAAUUGCCUAAAGCACGUGUCGUUUAUGCAUCAGCCACAGGGGCUUCUGAACCCCGUAACAUGGCUUAUAUGGUACGAUUGGGUAUGUGGGGCCCUGGGACUCCAUUCAAAGAAUUCGCUGAUUUUAUUUCCGCCGUCGAGAAGCGUGGUGUCGGUGCUAUGGAAAUUGUAGCUAUGGAUAUGAAACUGCGAGGCAUGUACAUUGCACGUCAAUUAAGUUUCCACGGUGUCGCUUUCAAAAUCGAAGAAGUGCCAUUGUCGAAAGACUUUGAAAAGACAUACGACGCUAGCGUGAAACUAUGGGUGGAAGCAAUGCAAAAGUUUCAUGAAGCUGCAGAAUUGGUCGAUGCCGAAAACCGGAUGAGGAAAACAAUGUGGGGACAAUUUUGGUCGGCCCAUCAGCGUUUCUUCAAGUAUCUUUGUAUCGCAGCAAAGGUGCCCCAUGCCGUAGCGGUGGCCCAUGAGGCCAUUAAAUGCGGGAAAUGCGUUGUUAUCGGAUUGCAAAGUACAGGGGAAGCACGCACUUUGGAACAAUUGGAGCGCGACGAUGGAGAACUGACCGAUUUUGUGUCAACUGCGAAGGGGGUUUUCCAGACUUUGGUCGAAAAACAUUUCCCUGCCCCUGACCGGAACCGGAUACAACGAUUAUUAGGCUUGGAUCCGCCAAUUUCCGGCUCGAAAAAGGCCAAUGGGAAUGAUGAAGGGAGUUCCUCCGGGAAGCGUAAAAUGCGUCAAGCUGCGGUUCGAGCCGUGAAACGGAAUAAAUGGUCGACGUCAGAUAGCGAUAAUGAUUCGACGAAAAGUUCCGACUCUGAGUAUCACAUGUCGAAUGUGGAGAGUGAGGUUUCUGAAGAACAUUCCGAUUCGAAUGCCAGCAGUGAUUUUAAUCCGUUUAAUUCCGAUAGUGACUCUGAUAACGAUCCAUGGAGCCGGAAUAAAAAGAAAGGGAAGAAACAGAAGAAAUCACCAAAAAAGAGAACCUCAACACAAGACAAGUUGUCCAUGUUGUUGACACAAAAGACAAAUAAAGCGAAAGUAAAUGGAGGUAUGUCGAAUGAUUCGAAACCGGCGGCGCCUCCAAUGGACGCCAUCGAACGUGCAUGUCAAAUGAAAGACGAAAUUCUCUACAAAAUAGAACGAUUGGGUGAACGUCUCCCUCCCAACACCCUUGAUCAACUAAUCGAUGAACUUGGCGGUCCGGAAAACGUUGCAGAAAUGACAGGUCGUAAAGGUCGAGUUGUGCAAACUGAAGAUGGAGGUAUCCAAUACGAAAGUCGUUCUGAAGUCGAUGUCCCCCUUGAAACACUAAACCUGACUGAAAAACAACGUUUCAUGGAUGGCGAAAAAGACGUUGCUAUUAUAUCCGAAGCGGCAUCUAGUGGCAUUUCGUUACAAAGCGACCGACGAGUUAAGAAUCAACGUAGACGAGUGCAUAUCACAUUGGAGUUGCCGUGGUCGGCCGAUAGAGCUAUACAACAAUUCGGACGAACGCAUCGCAGUAACCAAGUUAAUGCCCCUGAGUAUAUUUUCCUCAUCUCGGAUUUGGCAGGAGAGAGGAGAUUUGCCAGUAUUGUGGCGAAAAGAUUAGAGAGUUUGGGGGCGUUGACGCAUGGUGAUCGACGAGCGACGGAAACGAGAGAUUUGAGUCAAUUUAAUAUCGAUAAUAAGUACGGAAGAGCGGCGUUGGAGGCGACUAUGAAAGCAAUCAUGGGAUAUGAGAACCCUAUAGUACCACCCCCACGUGACUACAAGGGUGAUUUCUUCAAAGACGUGGCGGCGGCGCUAGUGGGGGUGGGACUCAUUGUCAAUAGCGAGAAUAUGCCAGGGGUUUUGAGUCUCGAUAAAGAUUAUAAUAAUAUGUCAAAGUUCCUCAAUAGAAUACUCGGGAUGCCGGUCGAGUUACAAAAUAGACUGUUCAGAUAUUUUACCGACACUUUGGAGGCUAUUAUCACCCAAGCGAAGCGUUCCGGCCGUUUUGAUUUGGGUAUCCUUGAUUUAGGGGCUGGUGGUGAGAUGGUGAAACGCGUGCGUACUGUCACAUUCCUGCGUAAGCACGCCACUGGUACAGCCCCCACUGAGUUGCACACUGUGCACGUAGAACGUGGAAUGUCGUGGCCGGAAGCCCUCGAAAAACUCUCAGUGCUUACAGCUGAAGAUGAAGGUUUCUACUUGUCCCACCAGAUUCGUAACGGCAAACAUACCGCUAUUUUGGCAGUGGCUGUGGAUAGCAACACGCCGAAAAAAUCGAAAAACGAGUCGAAGAAGGAGCAAAUGUUUUCGGUUUAUCGGCCAAAUACCGGAUUGCAAUUUCGACAGGAGAGUCUCGCCGAAUUGGAGAAAAAGUACAAGAAGGUUGAGUCGGCCGAUGCUGAGGAGGCCUGGACGCAGCAAUAUGACAGUUCGGUGAAUACCUGUUCGCAUGCGUAUUGGAGAGGGAAUUGCCGGAAUGUUAAUAUGGGACAUGAUUGCGAGGUCGGAUUGAGGAGGAGGACCUAUAAUGUGGUCGCGGGGUCGGUACUAUCGGUGUGGAGUCGAGUGGAAGGUGUGUUGGCGAGCAAGAAUGGAACGCAUAAUAAUAAGAUGCAAGUGAUUAGGUUGCGAACGAAAGAUGAUUUGAAAGUUGUUGGUACGUUAAUACCAAAGAAUUGCGUGGAUGCAUUGAUCGAAGCACUUUCGGCGGACGCGGAAAAAACCGAAGAAGUGACUUUUGAUUAGAUCAAGUCUGACGUAAAAAAUGUCAUGUAACGCAUACAGGGCCUCAAGUAUUCAAUGGCACGGAUAGUGACAUUAAAAAUUUUCAAAGACAUUGUGACUACUUUAGGUUUAGCGAAAGAAGAGAGAUAAGUUCCCAAGUAUUUUCUAAAAGUGUGUAAAACACGCUACAAACAUCGUUUAAUGAAACAAAUCUGUGAAAAUAGUUUUAUUUAGGUAAAUGUGUAUUUAUAUGACUUGUAGGUUUUUAAAUUGCGUUUCAGUUUUUGUUGUUUUUUCCUCGUUUUUUUGAUAUAUUUUUAAGUUUAGUGUGCGUGAUACAAAUACAUAAGUAAGACUUGCCUUUUUUUUAAUUCAUUUAUAUUAUUGCAUUCAUUCAGAUAUAUCGUGUAUAUUCAAAUGUGUUCUGCAGCAUAAUAGAGAUCAUUAAACAGGUA